GCACUUUAAUAUCCUAUUAUGUAAUAUCUUACUGUGGAUGUAUAUUUGCUUUAAGUUUAAUUUGAACUUUAAAUUGCAGUGGAAAAGAUGUCACAUGUAUAAAGUUAGUGUAAGUAAUUUAGCAAAGAUGGGAUCCAGAGCCACUCCUAAAUGCAAACGUAGCACAGUCUCAGUUUUAUUUCAUCGAGAACUUGGCAAGUCCAAAUGCAGUGUGUCAGCUCAUCAUGUACUACAAGUAGUAGCAGAAGAUAAAGCUGCAACAUCAGAACAAGAAGAAAUGCACUGCAAACUACCAAGUUCUGUACGAUCCACAUUUCUCACAGCCUUUAGUCCAGAUGGGACUAAAGUGGCCUCCACUCAUGGAGACCAUAAAAUAUACAUGUGUGAUGUCAAAACAGGGAGACUCGUACAUGUUUUAGAAGGUCAUCCCCGCACUCCAUGGUGUUUGGCAUUUCAUCCUUCCUCUAAUGAAAUAUUGGCUUCUGGCUGUCUUGGUGGUGAAGUUCGAGUAUGGGACCUUCAUGGAGGAAGUGAGGUUUGGGUGGCAGAUCAGAACACAGUAAUCACUUCACUAGCAUUUCAUCCUUUAGAUAGAGUCUUAGUUAUAGCAACAUUCAAUAAAAUUCACUUUUGGGACUGGAGUCGACCAGUACCUUUUGCCACAUGUAUAACUUCUUCAGACAGGGAAAAAGUUAGGUUUGUUAAGUUCAAUCCACUUGGGACCAAACUUAUAACAGGCAUCUCAAACCUCCCAGUUGACAGUUUUCGUUCUCAUAUCAUGGACUCAGUACUUAGUCAAAACAACUCUCCAUCUUUCUCACAGAACUCUACAUCACAGAGACGUAGCAUUUUGACACGACUAAUGACCAUGUAUCGUCAUUUAGAAGGCUUAGAAGAGCUAUCACAGUUUCAAGAAUCACGAGGGAGAGUGUCACCUACACAGGAAGAUGCUUUAGAAAGUGCACGUGAAUAUGCAGAAGAAGUAACCACACGGUUUUUAAGACAACGUUAUAGAGCAGAUGAGAUUCUUGGAGCUCGAGAAGAGGAGGACGAGUUUCCAGUAGAAGGUGAACAACCUAGGAACCUUGCUGUUCAUCAGCCAAGUACGUCAGCCGGAGGAAGAUAUGAAGGUACUAGAAGCCAGACGAAUGAAUUCAGAGCAACUGUACAGAGGCUGUCAUCUAUCUGUGCUCGAUUGGAACGAAGGAUGUUUGAACAACAGUUCCUACACUUGCAAGGGAAUACUGAAUCUCUAGUUUCCUCCAGCACAACACCUGCUGACUCAUCCCAGAGAGAAACGGAAGAAUUUCCCCAGACUAGUCGACAGUCAUCAAUUUUAGAUCCUAGGGGUCAUCCACUAUUGCAUCGUGAGAUGACUACACAGUUAGGACAAGAAUUUUCUCUCUCUCUUGCUGACCUGCUCAGAAGGCUACAAAACUCACUUCAAAAUCUUAGUCAAACUACUUUUGCUUCUUCUGAGACUUGGGAGCAAAUACAACAGGUAUUUGUUAAUUUUUAUGCUAUUGAACUAAAUGUAAAGCAUAGUAUGGUAAUACCAUCUGGUGAGCUCCUAGAUGGUUUUAUGGAACACCUCAUUUCUACAGAGCCUGUUGCAACUGGUAAUGUAGAAUGUCAGAUCAUGGUUGCCUCAAUAGAGAUGGCCAAAGAUGAAGUGGCAGAGGUGGAAACUCUUGAAGAUACUGUAGAAGAGGAAACCAUGGUUGGGCCAAUCAAUUCAGGGCUACCAACAGCACUCAACAAAGAGUGA